AUGACGGCCGAGAGCGGGCCGCCUCCGCCACCGCAGCCAGAGGCACUGGCGGCGGUGAAGGAGGAGCGAGGUGAGGCAGGGGCCGGGGUCCCCGCAGAGGCGGCGGGCCGCGGGGCAGGCGGGCGGCGGAGGAAGCGCCCCCUGCAGCGCGGGAAGCCGCCCUACAGCUACAUUGCGCUCAUCGCCAUGGCCAUCGCGCACGCGCCAGAGCGCCGCCUCACGCUGGGCGGCAUCUACAAGUUCAUCACUGAGCGUUUCCCCUUCUACCGCGACAACCCCAAAAAGUGGCAGAACAGCAUCCGCCACAACCUCACGCUCAACGACUGCUUCCUCAAGAUCCCGCGGGAGGCUGGCCGCCCGGGCAAGGGCAACUACUGGGCGCUCGACCCUAAUGCCGAGGACAUGUUCGAGAGCGGAAGCUUCCUGCGCCGCCGCAAGCGCUUCAAGCGCUCGGACCUUUCCACUUACCCGGCCUACAUGCACGACGCCGCCGCCGCCGCCGCCGCUGCCGCCGCCGCCGCUGCCGCCAUCUUCCCGGGCGCGGUGCCCGCUGCGCGCCCGCCUUACCCGGGCGCCGUCUAUGCAGGUUAUGCUCCGCCAUCGCUCGCCGCGCCGCCCCCGGUCUACUACCCCGCUGCGUCGCCAGGCCCGUGUCGCGUCUUUGGCCUGCUGCCUGAGCGACCGCUUACCCCGGAACUGGGGCCCGCGCCGUCGGGGCCCGCGGGUUCCUGCGCAUUUGCUUCGGCUGGUGCUUCUGCCACUACCACCGGCUACCAGCCCGCCGGAUGUGCCGGGGCCCGACCUGCCAACCCUUCGGUCUAUGCGGCCGCCUACGCAGGCCCCGACGGCGCUUACCCUCAAGGGGCCGGCAGCGCCCUCUUCGCGGCGGCGGGCCGCUUGGCUGGGCCUGCCUCGCCCCCCGCCGGUGGCAGCAGUGGCGGCGUCGAGACGGCAGUGGACUUCUAUGGGCGCACAUCGCCAGGCCAGUUCGGAGCGCUGGGGCCUUGCUACAAUCCUGGUGGGCAGCUCGGAGGGGGCACUACAGGCGCCUACCAUGCUCGCCAUGCGGCCGCCUAUCCCGGCGGGGUGGAUCGUUUCGUGUCUGCCAUGUGA